AUGCCGGCUACCAAUCAGGGGUGGCCUGAAGAGUUUGGGUUUAAAAUAAGUGGAAACGGUCCUUGCUACAUCCUUGCAGUAGAAGAAGGCAGCAGCGCUUAUGUAGCUGGUCUUCAGCCAGGAGACCAGAUCUUGGAGAUAGAAGGCCAGCAUGUUUCCGCCAUGAACUGCGAGACUCUCAUCAACCUGGCGAGGCAGUGUGAGAAUGUGCCUCCCAGCAUUGGAGUGGUCUCACGCAUCCAGCAGAUGGAUAUCAAUCCUGGCCCGGAUGGAAAGUUUGGUUUCAGCCUGAUGUGUAACAGUGGCAACUCCCUGCAAGUGGAGAGCGUAGCCCCAGACUCACCUGCUUCUGAGUGUGGAAUGAAACCGGGAGACUACAUGCUGGAAGUCAACGGGAUCCCAGUGAAGCUUUAUGAAGCAGCAGCUGCCAUGAUCAGAUCCUGCCAAGGGAAGGCUCUGAGACUGGGGCUACUGCGGCUUGGGCGGGUGCAGAGAUGGACCAGCAGCAGUGUACGGGGAUUCGUCCAAAACGCCGACGCCAUCCACCAAGAGAGAAAACAGAAGGCUCAGGAAUUCAACAAGAAGGCUGACGAAAUUCUCGGAGAUCAGCCAGAGGUAAAAGAGAAAGUUUUCACCAUCUUGAAACAGUAUGCGGCAGAGAGGAAGGUGGAAUACUUGGCUUACACCCUUUCCAUGAUUCUCACCAAAGAAUCCCAUCAACUUCUCAUUGACAAUAUCAGGAUCUUCAUCCCCAAGAAACACCGGCAGCGCUUUGACGAGGUGGUGUCCCAGAGCCUGAUCAGCAAACUCUGCCGGUCAAAGAGCGAGCAGCACACCAACCGGCUGAGGCGCAGCCGCAGUGAAGACCACCAGGAGCGGCUGCUAGUGUCGACCAGGGCAAGCUCAGUGCCUCGGAGCCACGAGGAAGCCAGCAAGGGUUUGCGGAAGACAACUUCUCUGAUAACCAGUAGUGUGGGAUCAGGGGCUGCCCGCAGAACGGUUCGAGUUUACAAAGGCAGCAAAAGCUUUGGCUUCACGUUACGUGGACAUGCCCCCGUGUGGAUUGAGUCCAUUUUGCCUGGCAGCCCAGCUGAGAAGGCUGCUCUCAAAGCUGGGGACCGAAUCUUAUUUCUCAAUGGGCUGGAUAUGAGGAAUUGCUCCCAUGAUAAGGUGGUGUCCAUGCUGCAGGGCAGUGGGGCAAUGCCUACCCUGGUUGUGGAAGAAGGGAUGGUCCAUUUUCCAGUUGAUUCUGAGUCUGCUAACUCCCCGAACCCCUCCUCAGCCCUCACCUCCCUGCAGUGGGUGGCAGAGAUACUUCCCUCUAGCAUCAAGAUCCAAGGAAGGACCUUCAAUCAGCAGCUGGAACGUCUGUUGACACCACCUGAGCGCUACAUCAUCUGCAAAUCACUAGAAGGCUUCUUCCAGCAUCGGAACAUCGAUACUCUCAUAGUGGAUGUGUACCCCGUGCUGGACACACCAGUCAAGCAGGUCAUUUGGCAGUUUAUCUACCAGCUAUUGACAUAUGAAGAGCAGGAGCACUGCCAGCAAAAGAUUGCCAGGUUCCUUGGUUACAAGUCAGUGGCAGGUGAGAGGAAAGCUCCUGUUGACUCUGCAGCAGAGCCAGAGGCAGAGGAACGGCACCGUACUUCGGUUCGAGGGGCCUCAGGAUGUCGGGGAAGCAUUCGAACGCGAGGCCCUGAGGAAGGUGGGACAGGAGGUCACAGCGACACCGGGGAAGUAUCAAUUCGACUGACGCCUGGAGAGAGGCAAGCGGGUGAUGGCACAUCCCUUCCAGAGACUCCCAACCCCAAAAUGAUGUCAGCUGUCUAUGCAGAGUUAGAAAAUCGCCUGAUCAGCAGCUUUGCAGGAAAGAUGGCUAAUGCCCCCACACACAGAGAUUCACCCCCUGUUCCAGACCAAGCAAACGCUGCAGGUGUUCGGAAGUCGGGGAUGACGAUCUCCUGGCAGAGUGAUCCUUUGCCCUCCCAGCAGUGCUAUUACCACCCACACAGCAGCAUCCCCUCCCCCAGCAGCACAGAGUCCAACCCCUACGUCAGCCUAGACAGCAGCCCUGCCCCUUCCCCCAAGCACAUGGACUACAUGCUCAGCCCCCUGUCUCGACGGAAGAAGCUCUUCACCUUCUCCAGGCCCCCACGCAGCCGGGACACAGAUCGCUUCCUGGACGCCUUGAGUGAGCAGCUGGGACACAGGGUCACCAUCGUGGAUGACUUCCUCACACCCGAGAAUGACUACGAGGAGAUGAGUUUCCAUGACGACCAGGGCAGCUAUGUCACCAAUGACAUGAGCAGUGCCAGCGAGUACAUCAGCAGCAGCGAUGAAGGGAGCUCUCUGACCUACUCCACCCUAUCCGAUCACAUCCCCCCUCCCCCACUCAGUCCGCCCCCGCCCCCGCCGCAGUUCCAUGCCUCCAGACCAGUCACUUUGAGCUCAGAGACCACAAGAAAUAUCUCCUCCCCACUCUCCAAAACCCUAGGGAGUCACUCACACCCAGUUCCUCCCCCUCCCCCUCCCCCGCCUCCCCCACCAGUGCCAUGUGCACCCCCCCUGCUGCAGCGGGGCCUCGUACAUCGCAGGAGCGAGUCCAGCCACAUGAGUGUCAAAAGGCUGCGGUGGGAGCAAGUGGAGAACUCGGAAGGCACCAUCUGGGGGCAGCUUGGAGAAGACUCAGAUUAUGACAAACUGAGUGAUAUGGUCAAAUACCUCGACCUGGAGCUUCAUUUUGGAACUCAUAAGCCUGCAAAGCCAACUCUGUUGCCUGAAUCCUUUAAAAAGAAAGACGUCGUUGAAAUUUUGUCUCACAAAAAGGCCUACAACACAUCCAUCCUGAUAGCCCACCUCAAGCUCUCGCACAUCGAGCUGCGCCAAAUGCUCAUGACAAUGGAGAGCGACCGCCUGGAGUCCUCUCACAUCAAGCAGCUCCUGCUGUACGCGCCUGACGCAGAGGAGGUCCAGCAGUACCAGAACUACCAGGACAAUCCCAGCAAGCUGAGUGAGCCAGACCAGUUCGUCCUGCAGAUGUUAUCAGUACCAGAAUAUAAAACCCGGCUACGCAGCCUUUACUGUAAGACCACCCUGCAGGAGAAGGCAGAGGAGAUCAAAGCCAGCUAUGAGUGUAUCUGCAAGGCUUCCCUGGAGCUGAAAAGCAGCAAGAAACUGGCUAAGAUCUUAGAGUUUGUGCUGGCAAUGGGGAACUAUUUGAACAACGGGCAGCCCAAGACCAAUAAAACGACAGGCUUUAAAAUCAACUUCCUCACCGAGCUGAACACAACCAAGACCGUUGAUGGGAAAUCCACUUUCCUGCACAUUCUUGCCAAAUCGCUUAGCCAACAUUUCCCAGAACUUCUGGGUUUUGCCAAGGACCUUCCUACAGUGCCGCUCGCUGCCAAAGUGAAUCAGAGAACAUUAACAGCCGAUCUCAACGACCUUCACAUCACCAUCAGUGAAAUAGAGACUGCCUGCCACAGCAUGCCAGCUGCUGAGGAGGACAAAUUUGCUAUUGUGAUGAAUUCUUUCCUGGAGAGUGCCCAUCCCACUACAAAAUCUCUGGAUGACCUGCAGCAUAAGGCCAUGGAGGAAUUCAGCAAAGUGCUGUCCUUUUUUGGGGAAGACUCCAAAGUGACCACAUCUGAAUCUUUUUUUGGCAUUUUUGCUGAGUUCAUGAGCAAGUUUGAGCGGGCGCUCAGUGACGUGCAGGCCUGCGAAAGCCAGCGCAGUCCCAGGAUGACCUCGCCCCUCGCCUGGUGA